UCAUGAGUAGAUAACGAGGAUUAUUCCCUUCUAUUUCCCCCUGUGGUAAAAUAACAACAAACAGCAUUUUCUCUUGGGAGGAAAAGGUUAUCGGGAGAAGGAGAAUGGGGAUAAGAUUCUUUGUAAUUGUAGUCCUUUUUGGACUAAUAACACUUUCUACAUUAGACGCUAAGUCACUGAAAGGACACAAGAAAUCCAAGCACGGUAAGCUCCUUAAAGCUCUCAUUCAUACGGAGCCCGCCAAAGACGAAGACAAAAAGAAGAAUGAUGAACCUGCUCCCGAAGAAGCCUCCGGAAGUGCUGCUGGUGCAUCUGCAGCCGGAAGUGGAGAAGAAUCCGGCUCCGCCGAAGAAGCUCCCCCAACUGAAGCUGAGCCAACUCCGACGUCUAAACUACCAUAUAAGGUUGUAGGUCCUUUAGGAGGCCACCCACAUCCGGGUCCUCCAGCUGCAUACAAUCCGUGUCCGCAGCCUCGAUACUGUGACCCCGCCAGGUGCAAAGAUCCAAUUGGAUGUGCUCCAUCAUGCUCUGAGACCUGCUGUGCCGAUGUUCUUAUUCCGCCGCCUACCCCACCCGUCGGCUCUGGGGCAGGCCCAUGCCCUGAUACAUGUGCGCCGACAUAUCAACCUUCGUGUUGCAUGGGUGCUUCACCCCCUAUGGCACCUCAGCCAUUCCCUCAGCCCGUAUAUCCCCCUAUGGGACCACAACCAGGAUUUGCACCCCCAGCUGGUUAUGGUCAACCUGCAGUCAUGCCGCCGCCUCCACCCGGUGCAUGUGGACAGGGCUGCUUAGCCACAAAUUGUGCCCCACCCUGCCCCCCACAGUGCUGUCGAAGAAAGAAGUCAGUGAUUCACCACCACGACCGCAAGACGAGAUCUUUAACGUCGCGCUUUGCAAUGUGCCACUAGUAUCUCAAAAAUAGAUUACAUAGAAUUAUCUUCAAGUCCUAACCAAACAGGGCAGACAUCGUGGAAGACGAGGCAAGCAUGUUUUAAUAUGCUUUUAGUAAUCACUCAGAAACAAAAAGGCGUAAACACCCGUCUUUCCUAAAACAUCUUCCCUGGCUAACUCUAAGAUUUGGCUCAAUGGAAUAGCUAGAGAAGGCUAUCAAAAAAAUUAGAAUUUAAGAAAAGAAAAGACAGACAUAAAGACACUUCAGAAUUACUGUGGCUUUUGUUCAUAUUGAUUAUGUCCAUUUCCAGUGUAAGUUUCUUGAGUGUUGGUAAAACGAAGGAAAAUUUCUUUGUUGGGGUAGUACAAGUUAUUCCCUCGUCAUGGCCCAUAUAAAGAUAUCUCAAGUUGUGGUAUUAAAGCGCCCAAUAAACAUCUAUUUCUUAA